AUGUUUAAAAGAACGAAGGUGACGGAUGGGACGGCUACUGGCCAAGUGGGGAUCAAGAAAAGAUCUAAGGUCCCCGGGGUGAUGAUUACUCAGUUUAUUGAAACACUGCCAGAGGGAAAGAGCCAUCCAGAUUUCACUCGCAAGCCAAUUGCUUUGACCAUCCAAGAGGGCAAAUUUGCUUUUUUUAAAGCCAUUGUCACAGGAGACCCAAAGCCGGAUGUAAAAUGGAGCAGAAAUAACGGAGAUGUGUCUGAUACAACAAGAUACAAGUCCAAAUACGAUCCCAACUCCAAUGAGCAUACAUUUGAGAUGGCAAAUGUUAAGCCAGACCAAGCAGAUACCUAUAAGUGUUUUGCCACAAAUGAAUUUGGACAAGCCAUGGUAACUGUUGUUCUAAAUGUUAUUGCAGUUGGUUACAAAAAAAAUGCACAACAACAACAGGAAGCAGAAGUCACUGAUUUUAAGACAGUACUAAAAAGGAAAAGGUUGGUUUUACGUCCCAAAACUGAAGAGAAAGAGAAAAAAGAUGGAGAGAUUGAUCCUAGAUUUUGGGAGAUCUUACUUAGCGCUGACAAGAAAGACUAUGAGCGUAUCUGUGCAGAAUUUGGAGUGACUAACUUCCGCUGGAUGCUCAAGACACUAAAUGCAAUGAAGAUAGAAAGAGAGCAAGAACAAGCUGCGUUCGUCAAAAACCUGUCAAACCUGAAACAUAUCCAGGUCAAUGCAGAUGGUACUGCAUCCUUUGAGCUUGACAUGGAUCUUCUUGACCCCAGCAGCUCAAUCUUUCUGUACAAGGACGGUGAAAUGAUUCCGUACACAAAGCAGUUGGGAGACGAGAUGAAGCACUGCCUUAAACAAGUAGGGAGAAAGUAUAUUUUCACCAUGAGGGAUCUUUUGCCAGAAGAUGCUGGACUGUACCAGGUGGAUGUAGGGGAUGUGAAUAUGUUUUCCACUGACUUUAAAAUUCCCCCUGUGGAGUUCUUGGUGAAAAUUCAAGAAGUAAAGGCAAUAGAGAGAGAAGAUGCUGUUUUUGAGUGUGUCCUAUCAAACCCCUUCUCCAAGAUUUUGUGGUUUGGCAAGAAUCUGCCACUGGAACAAGGGGAUAAAUUUGACAUUGAAGUGUCAGAGGACAAGCUCAUUCACAGGCUGGUGGUCAAAGACUGCUUGAUAGUAGACAAAGGAAUUUAUUCUGCCUGUGCAGGAAUAAAAUCAUGCAAUGCAUGGCUUGUUGUUGAAGCUGAUAAAAGUGUACCAAAGGGAAAGAAAUCUGCAAGGAAAACAACAAGGGCAGGUGGAUCUGGGGUGGAUCUUUCGAAGAUUGCCCAAGAGCAACAAGUUAAACUGGAGAAGGACAGAGAGGAAAGGAAAGAACAAAUUCAAGCUGCGAAAGAAGCUCAAGCAGCUGCAGCAGAGGCAGCAGCUGCAACCGAUUCAGGAGACAAAACAGGAGCUUCAACUGAUGGUCAAUCCAAAGCACCAACAGCUGACUCAGGUAACAAUGCCAACCACAAAGCUUAUUAAACUCCUGGAAUUACCUGUGGACUCUCAGAUAUUAAUGCUCUUCGUGGAAAGCCGGCUGAAUUAACUGUGACGAUGAACACAGACUGCGAAGGCGCUUGGUUCAAAGAUGGAGAGCCGUUAAAGUCCGGUGGAGGGAUCACCAUAAGUAAAGAUGGAAACACUCACAAGCUGGUUAUUCACAGCUGCAAAGAUGACGACUCUGGAGUUCAUCGUUUUGAAUCUGGGAAUCUUAGUACGGAAGCAAAAGUCACAGUUGGAGACGUACCUGACUUUGACCCAGAUGACCUUCACAAGUUCUCCAAACCUGUGAUUGUAAGAGUGGGCCAGAACGCUGCUUUCAAGAUGCCCUUUACGCCUCAGGAGUCUUUGACGGUCAGCUGGUUUAAGAGUGGCAUUGAAUUGAAAGAUGGAGGAGGAAUUAAGAUUGUGAGGGAGCCUAAUCACAGUCGGCUGCUUCUCAGAGACUGCCUGCGGUCAGACAUGGGAGAAGUAAAAAUCCAACUUAAAAACCCAUUUGGGUCUGUGGAAGCCACAUCUCAGCUUAUUGUGCUUGAUCGUCCAAGUCCACCAGAGGGUCCGGUGGAGACCACUGAAACCACCUCAAGUGUAAUUGAGAUUAAAUGGAACCCUCCUAAAGAUGACGGUGGCUCUCCUGUAACCAACUACAUAAUAGAACGGCUGCAGUCAGGGCACAGUCUGUGGACGAAACUUGGGGAUGUCUCAGCCGACAAGACCACCUUUAGAGACAGGAAUGUGACUCAUGGAAAGAAAUACCACUACCGCAUCUUUGCAGAAAACCCAGAGGGCCUCAGCGACGCCCUGGAGACAACUGAUAGCAUUAUGGCUGGCAUAAUGAUACUUUCUGGUCCACCUGGUGCCCCCAAAGUGGUGAGUACCUCUAAGACCUGUAUCAACUUGACUUGGACCCCUCCGGUGGAUGACAAAGGAGUACCAAUCAUUGGUUACCAAGUGGAGAAACGAAAGAAGGACACAACUGAGUGGAUUGCCCUAAAUGCAGUUAAUGAACCUAUUGAAGAUGUGAACUACGGAGUUAAAGAUGUCACUGAGGGAACAGAGUAUGAGUUCAGGGUUUCAGCAAUCAAUGAAUCAGGAGCAGGAGAUCCAAGCCCUCCCUCCGCAAUGGCAUGUGCAAAGAAUCCCAACAUGAGACCUUGCUUUAAAGACCCAGAGGACUUCAUUGUUGUCAGGGCAGGAAAUUCUGUACGUGUCAAGGUUGCUUAUGAGGCUGAACCUCCACCUCACAUCACUUGGCUGAGGGAUGAUGAGCCAAUAUCCCCAUGGAUUGAUGUCAUCAAUACAGAGGGAAUGUCUCAGCUUGUUAUUCCUUCAUCAAAGCGCUCAGAUUCAGCCAUCUACACUAUUAAAGCCAAAAACUCUGUGGGCGAGGCUUGCUUUGACAUUGAAGUUAGAGUCACAGAUGAACCCAAGUGCCCAGGGCCAGUGACGCUGGAGCAAACAGUCCAUGGCAAAGUGGUAGUAUCGUGGCUUCCUUCUCCAGACGAAGAGCUUGAUGACCGACUGUGCUACAUGGUGGCUCAAUGCGACUCUAAUACCAGAAUUUGGAAGACUGCAGUGGACCGCCUCUUCGAUCACACUUACACAGCCAUCAACAUUUACCCCGGGAUAGAGUACCAUUUCCGGGUCUUUGCCAGGAAUGAUAUGGGUCUCUCAGAUCCUUCUCAGUCACCUACAUGGGGUAUCAACAGCAACAGAGUUCCAAUACCAACAAGUGGAGUUAAUUCAAUGGGAAUGAACUUUGAGAGGCCGCCAUCCAUCUUGGUCCCUCUAAAGGUCCACACACCACCUAAAGGUUACCAGGUCUUCAUGACAUGUGCUGUCCGAGGAUGCCCCACGCCCAGUGUGACCUGGUACCUCAACAACGUCUCCAUCAACUCAGACAAAAACUAUUACUUCACCAACUCAUAUGGCGUGUGCUCCAUGUAUAUUCUCAGAGUCCGACCAAUGGACAGCGGUGACUAUAGGGUCAUUGCAGUCAACGCUUUGGGCAAGGCAGAGUGUUCCACUAAACUUAUCGUGAAAGAUUGAACUGGCGCAAAGGCUUUGUGAUACAUUUCCUCUUACUGAAAUAUUUUGGAAAACACAGUAAAAAUGAAUGUCAAAUGUUUUGGUGUACUGCAUAGAUUGUAUUUAAAGUGUGAUACUAUUCUCUAAACUGCUAGCAGAACUGUCUGAAAUAUUCUAAAUACUAAUUUAUUUAAUUUAUUUGAAAUGUUACUGAUUUGCAAUUGGUAACCUGCCAUUAGAAUUUAUUCACUGCAGGGUUGAAAUGAUAAACAAAAAUUUAAAGACUUAUGUUGGGUUUUCUUUUUUUUCAGAAAAGCAAUAGA